GGAAAAAGGAGAUGGUCCUCUGAGUUUUCUACCGGAUCUCAAACUGUGAGGGUAAAAAAUAAAAAAAUUGGAGGGAAAUUAGUGGAAGCGUUGAAUCGGGAUGGCUAGCUCGGGAGGUGGAUUAAGCGUUGAGUCAUCGUCGUCAUCGUCACCGUCUCUCCUUCGUGCACCCUCUAGGACCGUCACGCUUGGACGUAUUCAGCCUCAGGCUCCCACUUACCGUACCGUUUUCUGCAAUGAUCGUGAUUCUAAUCUCCCUGUCCGUUUUAAGGGUAAUUCAAUUUCGACAACAAAGUAUAAUGUUUUCACCUUUCUCCCCAAAGGUCUCUUUGAACAAUUUAGGCGCAUAGCAAACAUCUACUUUCUUGGGAUUUCAUGUCUGUCAAUGACACCAAUAAGCCCUGUAAAUCCAAUAACAAACGUGGCUCCUCUGUCGAUGGUGCUUCUCGUCUCUCUCAUUAAAGAGGCUUUUGAAGACUGGAAACGCUUUCAAAAUGAUAUGUCCAUAAAUAAUAGUACAGUGGAGAUCCUGCAAGAUCAACUAUGGGUACCUAUUCCCUGGCGGAAGGUGCAGGUCGGAGAUAUUAUCAAGAUAAAUAAAGAUGGAUUUUUUCCAGCUGAUAUUCUUUUCCUGUCCAGCACAAAUCCAGACGGUAUCUGCUAUGUAGAGACUGCAAACUUAGAUGGGGAAACAAAUUUAAAAAUUAGAAAGGCCCUUGAAAGGACAUGGGAUUACUUGUUACCUGAGAAAGCUUCUGAAUUUAAAGGUGAGAUUCAGUGCGAGCAGCCUAAUAACUCUCUGUACACUUUCACUGGGAAUCUUAUAGUAGAAAACCAGACUUUACCUCUCUCUCCGGACCAGCUUUUAUUGCGUGGAUGCAGUCUUAGGAACACAGAAUACAUUGUUGGGGCUGUGAUUUUUACUGGUCAUGAGACUAAGGUGAUGAUGAAUGCCAUGAAUAUUCCCUCCAAAAGAAGUACGCUGGAAAAGAAACUCGAUAAACUCAUUAUUACCAUCUUCUGUGUCCUUUUCACAAUGUGCCUGAUUGGAGCUACUGGCUGUGCAAUUGUGACGGAUCGUGACCAUGAAUAUUUGGGUCUGCAUAAACUAGAUUGGGAAUACCGUAACCGAAUGACGAUAGCAUUUUUCACCUUCUUCACUUUGAUCACUCUUUUCUCUACAAUUAUACCGAUCUCCUUAUAUGUUUCUAUCGAGAUGAUCAAGUUUAUUCAGUCAACUCAGUUUAUCAACCGAGAUCUUCACAUGUAUCAUUCUGAGACAGAUACUCCUGCCUCCGCCAGGACUUCGAAUUUAAAUGAGGAGCUUGGACAGGUGGAGUACAUCUUUUCUGAUAAAACUGGAACUCUGACAAGAAACUUGAUGGAGUUUUUUAAAUGUUCAAUUGGAGGAAUAAGUUAUGGAUGUGGUAUUACUGAGAUAGAAAGAGGAAUUGCUCAGCGUGAUGGCUUAAAAAUUCAAGAGGAACAAAGGUCGGCUGGUGCUAUAAGAGAAAAGGGAUUUAACUUCGAUGAUCCAAGGCUUAUGCGUGGAGGUUGGAGAAACGAACCCAAUCCCGACCUUUGCAAGGAAUUUUUUAGAUGCCUAGCCAUAUGCCACACAGUCCUUCCUGAAGGUGAUGAGUCCCCAGAGAAAAUCUUAUAUCAAGCUGCCUCUCCAGAUGAAGCUGCUCUAGUUACAGCCGCCAAGAAUUUUGGAUUCUUCUUUUACAGGCGUACUCCAACUAUGGUGUAUGUUCGUGAGUCUCACACGGAGCAGAUGGGAAAGAUCCAAGAUGUGUCUUAUGAGAUUCUUAAUGUUCUCGAGUUCAACAGUACAAGGAAGCGCCAGUCUGUUGUGUGUCGUUUUCCAGAUGGGAGACUCGUACUCUACUGUAAGGGAGCAGAUACUGUAAUUUUCGAGAGAUUGGCUGACGGGAUGGAUGAUGUUAGAAAAGUAACAAGGGAGCACUUGGAACACUUUGGAUCGUCUGGGUUGCGUACACUUUGCCUGGCGUAUAAAGAUUUAAAUCCUGAAGCCUAUGAUAGUUGGAAUGAAAAAUUCGUUCAGGCCAAGUCUGCUUUACGAGAUCGUGAGAAGAAAUUAGAUGAGGUUGCAGAACUCAUUGAGAAGGAUCUUAUCCUGAUUGGAUCAACUGCAAUAGAAGACAAGCUUCAGGAAGGGGUUCCUACCUGCAUAGAGACCUUAUCAAGAGCUGGGAUUAAGAUUUGGGUGCUAACAGGGGACAAGAUGGAAACUGCAAUUAAUAUCGCAUAUGCUUGCAACUUGAUCAACAAUGAGAUGAAACAGUUCAUUAUCAGUUCUGAAACUGAUGCAAUUAGGGAAGCUGAAGAAAGAGGAGACCAAGUUGAAAUUGCGCGUGUUAUUAAGGAAGAAGUAAAUAAGGAGCUGAAGAAGAGCCUUGAAGAAGCUCAACAGUAUCUGCAUACUGUAGCUGGACCAAAAUUGGCUCUCGUUAUCGAUGGGAAGUGUUUGAUGUAUGCAUUAGACCCGACUUUACGUGUUACUCUACUCAGCUUGAGCUUGAACUGUACUUCAGUCGUGUGCUGUCGUGUUUCUCCUUUACAGAAAGCGCAGGUUACACGCUUGGUGAGAAAAGGAGCCAAAAAGAUAACACUUAGCAUUGGUGAUGGUGCUAACGAUGUUAGCAUGAUUCAAGCAGCUCAUGUUGGUGUAGGAAUAAGUGGGAUGGAAGGAAUGCAAGCUGUGAUGGCUAGUGAUUUUGCCAUCGCUCAGUUUAGAUUUCUUACGGAUUUGCUUCUUGUCCAUGGACGGUGGUCAUAUCUUAGAAUAUGCAAGGUGGUCAUGUAUUUCUUUUACAAAAAUCUUACCUUCACUUUGACUCAGUUUUGGUUCACAUUCAGAACUGGAUUUUCGGGUCAAAGGUUUUAUGAUGAUUGGUUCCAGUCAUUAUACAAUGUUUUCUUUACAGCUCUUCCUGUGAUUGUCCUUGGGCUGUUUGAGAAGGAUGUGAGUGCAUCCCUUUCAAAGAGAUACCCUGAACUAUACAGAGAGGGCAUACGUAAUUCGUUUUUCAAGUGGAGAGUUGUGGCAGUUUGGGCUUCUUCUGCUGUGUAUCAAUCUUUGGUAUGCUAUCUCUUCGUAACUGCCUCAGCUUUUGACGGCAAAAACUCAUCAGGCAAAAUAUUCGGUCUCUGGGACGUGAGCACAAUGGUCUUCACCUGUCUAGUCAUAGCCGUGAACCUGCGGAUUCUUUUGAUGAGCAACUCGAUUACCAGAUGGCAUCAUAUCACAGUUGUAGGAAGCAUUUUAGCUUGGCUCGUUUUUGCUUUUGCGUACUGCGGGAUCAUGACGCCACGUACUAGAAAUGAGAAUGUCUACUUUGUCAUAUAUGUUCUUAUGAGUACAUUUUACUUCUACUUCACAUUGUUGCUUGUUCCGGUUGUUGCUCUUCUGGCAGACUUCAUCUACCAAGGGGUGGAGAGGUGGUUCUUCACGUAUGAUUAUCAGAUAGUUCAGGAGAUCCACAGGCACGAGCCUGAUAGCAGGCAUACAGAUCAACUGGAGAUAGCCAACGAGCUCUCACCAGAGGAGGCGAGAAGCUAUGCGAUAUCCCAACUACCUAGGGAACUCUCAAAGCACACUGGUUUUGCCUUUGAUUCACCUGGUUAUGAGUCGUUCUUUGCGUCACAGCUGGGUAUCUACGCACCACAGAAGGCUUGGGACGUGGCUAGGAGAGCUAGCAUGAGGUCACGACCCAGAGCACCCAAAGCACCAAAGAAGAAAUGA